AUGUUCCAACGUGAUCCUCGAGCUGGCGCGUUUCUCGGUGGUGACCGCGUGUCAGGGCAAGAUAUACGGGAUCAGAAUGUGACCGCGGCCUUGGCCAUCGCAAACAUCGUCAAAAGCUCUUUGGGUCCACUCGGGCUCGAUAAAAUGCUCGUUGACAACAUCGGAGAAGUGACCAUCUCAAAUGAUGGUGCAACUAUCCUGUCUCUUCUGUCUGUGGAACACCCAGCUGGAAAGAUUUUCGUCGAUCUCGCGCAAAAGCAGGACAAGGAAGUCGGAGAUGGUACAACAUCUGUGGUCAUCAUUGCAUCUGAGCUCCUUCGACGCGCGAACGAGCUCGUAAAAGCGAAAAUACACCCGACCACGAUCAUCACAGGCUACAGACUUGCUUGCAAAGAGGCUGUCAAGUUCAUGCAGGAUCAACUUAGCAUAAAAAUUGAUUCUCUUGGUCGUGAUGCACUUGUGAAUGCUGCCAAGACCAGCAUGUCUAGCAAGAUCAUCGGAAAUGACGAUGAUCUGUUUGCCCCUAUGGCUGUGGACGCUAUGCUUGCUGUCAAGACCAUUAACUUGCGCGGUGACAUCAAAUAUCCGGUCAAGGCUGUCAACGUGCUCAAGGCUCACGGUAAAAGUGCUAGAGAAUCCCUGUAUGUUCAAGGCUAUGCACUGAACUGCACGGUUGCUAGUCAAGCGAUGAAAAAACGCGUAACAAAUGCAAAAAUUGCGUGUUUGGAUAUAAAUCUUCAAAAAGCCCGCAUGCAGCUGGGUGUGCAGAUACUGGUCGAAGAUCCAAAUCAACUGGAGGAGAUCAGGAAGCGUGAAGCAGAAAUUACGCUGGAACGAAUUCGAAAAAUUUUGGCAUCAGGAGCCAACGUUGUUCUGACCACAAAGGGCAUUGACGACUUAUGUCUAAAAGAGUUUGUCGAAGCUGGCGCGAUGGCAGUUAGAAGGUGCAGAAAGGAGGAUCUUCGACGCAUCGCAAAGGCAACAGGUGGCACGCUCAUCUCAAGUCUCGCGAACUUGGAAGGUGAGGAGACAUAUGAGGCCAGUUACCUUGGUUCAGCGGACGAAGUUGUCCAGGAGCGCAUCUCCGAUGACGAAUUGAUUCUCAUCAAGGGCACCAAGGUGGUCAACUCUGCGUCUAUUGUUCUGCGUGGGGCGAAUGAUUACAUGCUAGAUGAGAUGGAGAGAGCAUUGCAUGACACGCUUUCCAUCAUUAAGCGUACUUUAGAGAGCGGAGCUGUUGUUCCUGGAGGUGGUGCGGUUGAAUCUGCCCUCAGCAUUUACUUGGAAAACUUUGCGACAACUUUAGGAUCGCGAGAACAGUUGGCGAUCGCCGAAUUCGCUGCAGCUUUGCUUUCAAUCCCAAAGCAGCUUGCUGUCAACGCUGCGAAGGAUUCCACCGAUCUUGUCGCCAAACUGCGUGCUUACCAUCACGCCGCGCAGAACGCGCCUGCGGGUGAUCCGAAAAAAGUACUACUUCGGUAUGGCCUAGAUCUUAUGAACGGAGAUGUCCGUGACAAUGUUGCGGCUGGUGUGCUGGAGCCAACGAUGAGUAAAGUCCGGAGUUUGAAGUCAGCGUAUGAGGCUGCCAUUUCACUUUUGCGGAUCGAUGACGCUAUUCAGUGCGUACCGGAACCGAAGCCGGAAGCAGAUUCACAUGGCCAUUAAACAGAGACAGCCUUGCGUUGACAGUCUUACGUGUAAUUCAUACGCCCAUAAUGUUUACUUACAUCGAAUGUGUGCAAUUGUCUUUGAGAAUG